CUGAGGUCCAAUAAUAUACAAUAUUAUUGGACCUCAGCUAGAAAUGUCAGUCAGGAGUAUGUCACAUCACAAUAUGGCACGGCUGUAGUGUUCAACCCAGAAUGCUGGCCAACAGUCGCAAUAGUAGUCAUUAUAUUGCGUCUACUGUUCAAAAAGAAUCCGAGACCCAAACAACAGCGGAAUAUAAAUUUAGUCGAGCUAUUAGCUGUGGCACUAAUUUUGAUGCCACUACUCUCAGUUCAGGGAUGUCAAGAAGUGGACAUCUUCUCCCACCAUAUGACAGAGUGUUCUGCAGAGAAGAAAAUUUGUAAAGUUCGCGUUUCUGAAGUGCUGAAAAUCAACCCCUUUAAAAAAGAAGCGUGCUUUAAGUUGCGAAGCAACUCUACUGUGGUGCACGAAAUUCGCGUCUCAUGGGACUCACUCAUACUCUCAUGUGAGCCAGAAACUGUUCUUUUCACCCGCGACACGACCUAUAACGUCAUCGAUAGUAAACGAUGCCCGCGAAAGGGUUCGUGCGUAGGCGAAAAAUGCGCAACGAUAAAAAGGUCAUCUGUGAUACCCGAGCUGAGUGAAGGAAACAAGUACCCCGGCGUAACGUCAUGCACUGAGUCAUGCGGAGGGCCCGGUUGUGAUUGCUUUUGGUGGGGCUCGGGAUGCUUGUUCUACCGAAUAUAUCUUAAGCCAAGAACACGUCAAAUAUUCGAAAUUUUCAAGUGCGCAAGAUGGACGGAGGCAGCAAAAGUGAAAUUCACUUUAAACACGCUUAACGGAUAUCUCCAUCAAAUGGUUAUCAUAUACAUUAGCAUUGAGUUCAAUAACGGUUCCACCCAUUCCAUCUCUCAACGUGCCUUUCAUCACGGACGGAGUCGAUACCUCCUUGUGGGAUACACACCUUUUACCCCCCACUGCAAUGUCCUACCGCUGAAGCAGCGCGAACUCUCCAGUGCGAAGUGGUAG